UCCAUUGCUGAUCCCAAAAGAAGCCAUCGGCAUUGUCUGGGACCAUGUCUUAUAAUAUGCUGGCUUUCUGUGUAUUUUGUUUCCUUGCCUUCUCUUCGGCCUGCUACAUCCAGAACUGCCCCAUUGGCGGGAAGCGUUCCAUCUUGGAUGUGGAAGUCAGGAAGUGUAUCUCUUGUGGGCCUAGAAAUAGAGGACAUUGCUUUGGACCCAACAUCUGCUGUGGAGAAGACCUGGGCUGCUAUUUUGGCACCGCAGAGACUCUGAGAUGUCAGGAAGAAAACUUUCUGCCGACCCCUUGUGAGUCCGGGAAGAAGCCGUGUGGAAACAAUGGUGGAACCUGCGCCUCGUCGGGGAUUUGCUGCAACCACGAGGGCUGUAUGUUGGACUCAGUGUGUGAUCAAGCUUGAGAAGACACCAAGGCGUGAGGUGUGAGAAUGACUGAGCGUCUUUUUAGGCUAUGAACUUGCGGGUCAACGAUGCCCCAUGGAUGGGAUUCAUCUUUCCAUGUUAAAUAUGUCCAUUGAGAGCUAGUAAGUUAUGAAAAAUAAAAGCUGUACAGCAGUAGAUACAAGAA